AAUGUGGGUAUUGGUUUAUCCGUAUGUCCACACAGGAGCUUGAGAUUUCCCUGAUGUUGGGAUACUGGACUUAGAUGCAUAUUUCUGAUAUGUUGGUAUGAAUUUGCUUUCCCUGGGAUCUAGUUUUUGCAAUUACAGUGGCUUUAUCUGAUUUGUAGUCAAUUAUAAUGCCUGUAUUCGAGGCCUCAUAUCAAAGCAUGUAUAUUCUUGAGUGGAUUUUAGGAUGUGAAUAUGAACGUUGAAGAAUAAGAUUUACAAUAUUUAAUAAUUCAAUCUAAUAACUUAGCUGUGACAUUAAUGAAAGGUAGGAAGUAGGUGCAGUAGAAUAUUGGACAGGGGUAGGUAACAGUACACAACUUCAUCUAGCAUUCUACGUUCACGUUGUGAACUAACCUCCUAACACUCUACAUCAACUAAUCUUCUCAUCACUAUUGCUUCCUUCUUCUAUUUAAUUAUUAGUGAUGAGCAUCCAAGUAGAAAGACAAACCUAGGGAAUUGUAACAGGUGACAAUGAAGAGUGAGGUGAAGUUGUUGGGAGCAUGGCCAAGCCCAUACGUGUUGAGGGUUCGGAUAGCUCUAAACAUGAAAUCAGUGAAGUAUGACUUCCAUGAGGAAAAGUUAUCGUCCAAAAGCCAGCUUCUUCUUCAAUCCAACCCCAUUUACAAGAAAAUCCCAGUUCUCAUUCAUAAGGACAAACCCCUCUGCGAGUCUUUGAUCAUUGUGCAAUAUGUGGAUGAUGUUUGGCUCUCUGCCUCUCCCAUUCUCCCUUCUGAUCCUUAUGACCGCGCCAUUGCUCGUUUCUGGACCGUCUACAUUGAUCAAACGUUGUAUCCAACCAUGAGAUCCAUUAGAGGAGCUUCGGAAGAGGAUGAGAAGAAGAGGUUGAUAGAGGAAGUGAGAAAAGGAUUGGCAAUGUUGGAGGAUGUGUUUAAAGAUAGCAGCAAAGGCAAGGGCUUUUAUGGUGGUGACCAAAUUGGGUUGUUGGACAUUGCACUUGGAAGC